AUGGACUUCGAUUCUGGUUCUGAGGUUGAGGCGGUCCAGGCCCAGGCCGCGGCUGCUUCUUUGCCUUUGGCAGCAUCCCUCGUCGACGAAGACGACGAGAUGCUCUUGGUCUUGACACUGAGCUCACAUCCAUACCGUUCUGUCACCGACCCGGGUUUAAACCCUUCAAAGACAGCAAUCUAUCGUGCACGUCGAAUGCGCACCAACCCUGGAAUCCAAGGCAGUUCUGUACGAGCUUCGGCAGCCACCAUCGCUGCAGAGACAUUCAAGACCAUCAAGCGCAACAUGGAACAGCAUGGCCUGAGAACCUCCCAUCUUUGGCCUCAAAACUUCCAAUGGUUACUACCCAAGUCUGGAGCCACACAAGAACAACUCAGAAUCUUUUGCGCUCUCCGCGAUCAUCCACUAAUCGUGCCAAAUGGCGAUCUGGAACGUAUCCUCGAACUUGAGCAUUCUACAGUAAACUCGCCUCCAACUCCUCCCGGUCAGCAUUUCUAUUCCCGCUCUUGGGGGUUGACCCACUAUCAGCUCCAAAAAGUCAUCGAGUUCAUGGCCCAACAAGAUGUUCUACUCUCGGAAGCUGUUCACUGGAAAAUCACUCUCACUAUCCACAACAGUUCGACCCAGCCCUGCACAUUCACCAUUCGAUACAUCGCCACAGUUUCUGGACCCGAAAGACCUAUCGAUCGUCACAUUGGAGACUUGGCUGCAGACAAACGACCAUCGGGUGUACUUCUUGAGUUCGUAGCAGCAGUCGAACAACUCUUCCCAGAAGUGGCUGCAGCUGCUCAAGUUCAUUUGAUCAAGCAAGCAUCAAUCGACGAAGAUGGCGCCUCUUACUUGGCAGAGGACGUUGAACGUGUUCUGAUCGAAUUUUUCGAUCAUCGAUCUCUUCUCAAUCGCGCUCGUGGAGGUUACUAUGUGAGCUUUGUACCUUUCGCUGAGGAUGUUACUCUUUUCGAAAAUCUCCAUACUCGCUACUACAGCAGAUUCAUGGCUGGCGCUUGCGAUGUUGGCACUGAUCCACAGAUGGCCGUCGCGCUCAUCGACCAUUUCGAGGAAAUUCAGACUUAUGCAAACUCCAACCCAUCUCUUACUGGUACGAUCCAACACCGCUUUACAGAUGGAGUUCGUGAUACAGCUAGGACGAGUGGCGAGCCAAUGUUGUACCAUGGUACAGCCAUUCUCGUUAUGCUGGGCAAAGACAUUACCUACGAGCAAUAUCUUGGAGAAACAACAUACUUCGGAUGCAAUUCUCGCUCAAGCUACUUGGUGCAUGAUUUCCUCUCUAGACUUGCAAGCACAGAAGAGACCAAUUCGGGUGCAUCGUGGGAUCUUCGGGCAUUUCGUCCCCGUCAUGUCGCUUUGACAAAUCUCUGGCCUUGGCUAUGGCACCCACGCGACUCUCUAGCUGAUGCACUUCGAUUUGCUCGGCAGUAUCUGAGCAUCGUGCGCCCUUUGAUCGUCGCUACUUGCAGUCGACCGAUCACAUCUGCUGUCCGUGCCAAUCUUCAGAACGAGAGUGAAAAUGAUGAGGAUAGCGCUUUCCUAGCAAUUCCUCACAUCGAUCCGGGCUUCGAAAAGUACUGCGGUGCAGGUUUGAGUCAAAUCGUCCUCAGAUUCAUGGAUCUUACUUGGCAAAUCACUCUUCACCUUGCGGACGAGGCUCGAAAACUUCUGGAUGAAGAUCAUGCCAAAGGUGUGACCAGAACCAGGAAAGCCCAGUGCAUCGAAAUUCUCCGAAAAAUUCAAAACCUGCGCGUAUCAGAUCCCGACAUGCGUGCUUUCAUGGCGAAUUUUCGCGAUACUGGAAAUGCUUUACGCGAUGCAUGGGCCAGAAUGCAUCGUCGCCCUGAAUUCGAGGAUUACAGACCACUGCUAGACGAAGACGGUCGAGCAAGAAUUGCGGCAAUCGGUCGUGCAGAAGGACUCCCGCAGUCUUAUGUACGCGCUCAACAGCUUGAAAAGCUCUGGACCCGAAACGUGCACGAUCUACAUCUUGUUAUACCACACCAGCCUGAGCGAAAGGAGGAAUGGAUGGAAGAGUUUUUAGGCUUGCAGCAGGGCCAACUUCUAUUUCUUCAAGUUAUCACUGGUCUGCCUCAAGAUCGCUAUCUCCAGGAAAUGCUUCAACUCCAGGCCACAAGCACGAAAGACUUGCAGGGUCUCAAUAUUGAUUUCAAUGCUGAGGGGUUCUUUUCCGUCCGAUGGCUCAAGGACGAUGGCUCCGCCAUUACCUUCCGUUUCAAAUGCAACACUGGAGUGAUUCCCCUUCGACCCCAAGAAGUCAGGGCGCUCUCAUUCUCGGGGUCUGGUAUCGAUGUCGUCAACGCCGCUGGCAGUGCCAUUCUCGGCGUCGCCAACUCUGCAGGCGCUACAAUCUCUUGCAGUCGUUUCGAUCGUCACGCUCAGACUGAAGACCUCUGGGAUAUGUGGGUCGCUGUUCGAAGAGCUAAUGGUCACACUGCUUUAAGACCUGAGCAACCUGCUGUCGUCCAAUGGCAAGGUGAGAAAGGCGUGGGAGCAGUCAACGUAGAUUCCAAGGAAGAGAAGCCGAAACAAAAUCGUCCACCUAAGAUCCUGGACGCGCUCUACUUGUUGGACAAAUUCCUGAUGGAACGCUUUCCACUUGGUGGCCACUUCCGCACGGCCUCAAGGGAGCGCAAGCCAGACUCUACAGAGGAUCUACAAGCCUUUGUCACUUUUCUCAAGCGUCCGGAAUAUUUUGGCCAUCCUUAUGCAUCCUUCUGGAUUUCCUGUUUCGACAAUGAUUACAUAUGGGACAAGAAGAUCCUUGGAAGAAAUCUGGCUGUACUUCGACGUGUUCGAACCGUAUUCACUCACACACGCCAUGGUGCGGGUAAAGUUGCUGAGACAUCUUACAUCCUUGGUCCACCAGGAACGUCCGGCGUCGAAGAAGAAGAAGAACCAACUAGCGACGACGACAACGCCGGUCGUGAUGGCCGUCCAUGGGGAACCAGAAAAGGUGUCAAGUUUGUUGACCACGGCAAGAAGUCAGAAAUGCCUCGACAGAACCGUCCACCAAAGCGCUUGGAUGCAAACUGGCUCCUGGUUGAGUUCUUGAACGAGACUUUCCCUAACGGAGGCGUCUUCAGAACAGCAUCCAAGUCCAAAUUUCCCGACUCUCCCGACCACGUCCAAGCCUUCUUAGAUUUCAUCAGACGUGACGAGAACAAUGGACACCCCUACGCUGCAGCUUUCAUAAAUGAGCUGGAGCCAUCAUCCAUCCCUGGCAAAGCAUCUACACCACCUCGAAUCAAUGUUUUGUUCAACAACAUUCGCGUCUAUCGCAGCUGCACGAAGAAAAGGAACAGAAAAGUCGACAGGCAGACAAAGAAAGAGAUCUCAGAACAAGUAUACACUAUCGGAGCUCCGGGAACUGCCUUGCCUUAUGAUGAAGCGGCUGUCAAUGACGAGAUACAAGAACAACAGGACCGCGCUUCAAAGCGAGCUGCUAGUGCGAAGGCGAAGAAAAAGGUGGCCGAUGAUGAGGAUGAUUCUGGUGACGAUCAGCCGGCCAAUCCCGCAAAGGCUGCUCUCAAGGGUGGUACCAAAGCUACACCCAAGGACACGAAGGGAUCUAAGGGCAAGAAACGUGCUGCACAGUCGGAUGAUGAGGAUGAGGAUGCACCACCGAAGGGUAGAGAUUGUUCGAAGAGAAGUCGCGCUUAUCUAACUGCCCCCAACGAUACCAGAUCUCGUAAGUAG